AUGGAUAGUGUAUCAAGUGACGAUGAAAUUGACUGGAUGUUCGAUAAAUCUAACCAAACGCCAGUCAAGCAGUUGGGGGAAGCUACUUCUACAGAAAAAUCAACCCCAUCUGCUUGGAUUUUAUCUAGGUCUGGUAAUACACCAGACACACCAUAUAAUCUUAAAUCAAACACUGUAUCAUCGCUCAAAGAUCAGCGAACUGAACCUGGAAAACGUGGGAGAAAAUCGCUAACUUCAAUGUUUCCAAAUAUCGUACCAACUGCAAAAGAUUUCAUUGAAGAACAUGGUUACCAGGCAGAUUCGCGUAGACGUUGUGAUACAGCCCGAUCUUCCGGUGUUACAUUAGAUCAGAUAAAAAAUAAACUUGUGGAUAAGAUUCCAGGUUUAAAGGAAAGAGGAAUCCACAAAACCACAGUUCAUCAUAUGUUAGCUCCCCCAGAUAAAAGAUUAAAAUCAUCAUCGACAGUUUAUAAACAAGAGAUAGAUGCUAAGCUGUGUAGUAAACAAAACAAUAUUAGAAAGGAAGAUGCGAAUUCUCACUUUUAUUCAACCCGUGUGAAAUGCUCGAUGGAAUUUGCUUCAAAGUACUCAAAUGACUGUGUUUUAUUAUCUUGUGACAAUAAAAAUAAAAUUCAUAUAGGAACACUUGCAGUAAGUAGAUAUCAUCAGCUACGUCGGUUUUAUCCUUCUGGUGACAGGCCAGAUUUUCCUGACCAUGAUUUUCCUUUUCCAGGAUAUUUAAUAACACCAUGUGGAUAUAUGUUAUUAUGUUCAAAAUCUUCUGAACAAAACAUACAAAAUAAAUGCCAAGAUGAACUGAACAGGGAGCACUAUCCCAUUUACCGCACCGGACCCGCUUCAUUCUAA